AUGUCGCCAGACUGGCAUUGCACUGCUCGUGAACGACGAGUGAUCGAGCGAACAGGCGGCGAUAAAUUGGUGAUCGGACAAGAUAUCGAACCUUCUCUCAGCUCGAUUCGUGACUCGAUCGUAUCAAAUGAAAUUUCCGUGCAUGAGGAUGUGAAGAAACCUUCAGAAGCUGUUUCCUCCUGGCCAGAUGGCGAUUAUUGUAUUCUGCCGGGACGAGCCUUCAAAUGCCCUGAAGGCUUUUACAUGGGCUCUAUAUCACUCGCCGUUCCGAUGAGCUUUGGUACUCGAGAGGUAAGCGCGCUCACGCGAGCAUCAGAUCAUCUGAAAGUUACCGAAUCAAUAAACUAUUCUGACAGAGUAAGCGUUGGCGACUCAAUCGUCUCCCAAGGGCGAGACAACUCUGCACAACAAAACAACCGCUUUGAUUACCCUUUCACCACCUAA